AUAAUCAUAAAUAACUCGUCACUGAGCGGCGACCGAACCGCCGCCUCCUCCCCUCAUGGCGUCGUCGCCGCCGCCUGGACCUCCGUCGUGGUCGGUGACACUGAGCCUGAAGCACCGCGGGGGGCUAGAAAUCCGCGCCGCCGCGGAGAACGUGCUCCCGGGGUGGGGCCGCGGCGGGGAGCGCUUGUCCCUACUGCUCCGGCUCCGCCGCCGCCUCCUCCUCUCCGUCACGUCCCAAUGUGGCGGCCGUCGAGCGGCGUCCACAGAGCCGGGGACGCCGCCGCGCGGGAGCAGGGUCGUCCGCCUCCUGCGCAGCGCGUGGGCACGGCUGCCGCGGGCCACCUCCAUCUGGAGGCGCAAGAAGCAGGCCCCGGCGCGCGUUGUGCCGCGGGACCGCCGGGGCCAGGUAAUCCGGUCUCCCCUGUUCUUCUUGAAACAAUCGCGUCAUCCGCAGAGUCCAACACCGGCGCGGCCUGGCUUCUGGGCAGUGGCAUGGACGCCGACGUCGGCGGCGACGCUGCGGUUCGUAGCCGUUGUCGUCGCCAUCGCUGCCGUCCUCGCCGUGGCGUUGGCUAUCGACGCGGCGUUCCGCGUCACGGACGACCUCGGUAACCGCAGAGGAGGCUGGGACAGCAAACCAAUCGCGCGCUGGGCCACGUUCUUGGAGUUGAUGGAGCAUCCUCCUCUCCCCUGGAACUACAACUACAAGUGGCUGCCGGGUGCGCCGAAACGAGGGCUGGAGUGGAUCUUCAGCAAGUAGAUAUUCCGUCAGAUGAAAGACACCUGUGUAUGAGCUACGAACGUGUAUCUCAGGUUAAUUUAGAGUUUGUGUUAUAGAUGAUGGCUGGGAUCUAUAUCUGCAUGACAUGAGCAUGGCAAGCAUUCAAGUUAACAAGUUGGUUUUAGCCAAUUCAGUUUGAUCUGGUUUUGUCGUUUUGUGUGCGUUUGCAAUACUGAUUCAGUCGGUUUCAACAUGGUUAUGUGUUUAUAUAAAAUAAAUUGGUCUUGAACA